AUGGAUCUUGUUUUGAGAUUUGUAGAUAAAGAAGGGUUCAUUCGUGAACGAUUUUUUGGUGUUGUCCAUGUACGUGACACUACGACGUUAGCUUUGAAAGAAGCCCAUCGCCUCCAACUUGCUUUAGUUGCAGCUUCUCGAGAAGUAAGUCAAGUUCAUCAAUUUUUCUCUACCUUGGUUUUCAUUGUCAAUAUUGUUACCGCAUCUUGCAAGUGUAUUGAUGAAUUAAACGAGGCUCAAUCUGUUGAACUUGCUACUAAGAUUGCAAAUGAUGAAAUCAAAUCAGGGACGAGGCUAAAUCAAAUUGGCACCUUAAACUUGCUCAAAAUGUUUAAUGCAACUUGUGUGGUUUUGAGUAAAAUUGCAAAAGAAAAAGUUUCAUAUUCUCAACGUGGAGAUGCAGAUUUUGCUUGCAAUCAAUUAUUAUCUUUUGAGUUUGUUUUCAUAUUACAUCAUAUGAAAGAGAUUUUGAAAAUUACUCAUAUUCUUUGUGUAGCCUUACAACGACAAUCACAAGAUAUUUUGAAUGCAAUGCAUAUUGUUGCAAGUACAAAAAUGAUACUUAAGAGCUUUCGAGAUUCAGGAUGGGAUUCUUUCCUCAUGAAGGUUGCAUCAUUUUGUGAGCAACAUCAAAUUGAUAUCCCAGAUUUGGAUGCUCAAUAUGUUGCAAGGGGUGGAAGAUCUCGAAAUCAACAAGAUAAGAUUAAGUUGCUUGUUCUUAGCACUGCUUUUGAUCCUAGAGAUGGAUUUAAAUUGUUCAAGAUUGAUGAUAUUUGUAAACUUGCAGAGAAGUUCUAUCCUGAUGAUUUCUCAGAGCAAGAAGUAGUACGCCUAAGAAUUGAACUUCAACAUUUUGUGCUUGACAUUCCAAAUAAUCUUGAAUUACAUUUAUCUUGUAUUCAUGAAUUGUGUCAAGGCUUGGUAAAAAUAAGGAAAGCAAUUAUGUAUCCUCUUAUUGACAGAUUACUUAGGCUUGUUCUUACUCUUCCUAUAUCAACAACAACUACAGAACAAGCAUUUUCUAUCAUGAAAAUUAUCAAGACAAAGCUCUAA